AUGUCGCGCCGUCUCCUCUUCUUCCUCCUGAUCAUCAUCGCCUCCGCCACAGCGGCCACGCCGGACCCGGACGCGUGCGCCGGCCGCCGCGUCCACAUCCGCCAGCUCCCAGCCCGCUUCAACACGGACCUCCUCCGGCACUGCGACACCGCCUUCCCGCUGGCCGACCACCCCUCCGCCACCCCCUCCUGCUCCUCGCUCGCCAACCACGGCCUCGGCCCGCGCACCCACAACCGCACCCGGUCAUGGUACCGCACCGACGCGCGCCUCCUCGAGCCCUUCUUCCACCGCCGCCUUCUUGAUCACCGCUGCCUCGUCGACGACCCUGACCGCGCCGAUGCCGUCUUCCUCCCCUACUACGCCGCGCUGGACGCGCUCCCCUUCGUCCUCGAGCCAGCCAUGCUCAACUUCUCCGGCGUCCACGGCGUGCCCCUGGCGCAGUUCCUGGCCGGCGACCGCCCGCGCGUCCUCGCGCGCCGCCACGGGCACGACCACUUCCUCGUCCUCGCCGGCCCCGCCUGGGACUACUCGCAGCCGCCGGACACCGACCCGAGGCUCUGGGGCAGCACCUCCUUGCUCCGCCGCCCGGAGUUCGACAACUUCACCUUCCUCACCAUCGAGUCCCGCGCGUGGCCGUGGCAGGAGCACGCCGUGCCGCACCCGACGUCCUUCCACCCGUCCUCCCUCCCGCGUCUCCGCGCCUGGAUCGCCCGCGCGCGCCGCUCCCGCCGCCCGACGCUCAUGCUCUACGCCGGCACCGUGUCCAAGCCGUCCCGGCCCAACAUCCGCGGCUCCAUCCUCGCCGAGUGCGCCAACCGCACCCUCGACGUCUGCAACCUUGUCGACUGCUCCGGCGCGUGCGCGCUCGACCCGAUCCGCUACAUGCGGCCCAUGCUCAAGGCCAGGUUCUGCCUCCAGCCGCCGGGGGACACGCCGACGCGGCGGUCGACGUUCGACGCGAUCGUGGCCGGGUGCGUGCCGGUGUUCUUCGAGAACGCGUCGGCCAGGACGCAGUACGGGUGGCACCUGCCCCCCGGGACGUACGACGAGUUCUCGGUCACCAUACCCAAGGACGCGGUGGUGCUGGGCGGAGUGCAGAUCGUGGAGACCCUGGCGGCCGUGCCGGAGGAGGAGGUGGCGAGGAUGCGGGAACGGUUGCUGGACCUGGCACCCAGGGUGGUUUACCGCCGGCACGGCAGCGAGGAGAUGGGCAUGGACGCGGUGGACAUCGCUGUGGAGGGCGCCUUGCGAAGGAUACGGAGGCGCGUGCGCGCGCUGGAGGACGGCCGGCCGGAGGCCUUGUACUCGCUGGACGACGACGACCAAGUGAUCUAG